UCCUGUCUGUAUUUCCCAAAAUAAGCCAGUGGGAGAGGGAUCGCAAAGUAAGCCAGGCAGAUUGGAGCAGCGAGGUGCGCGGGCCCCUGGGUAUAAGUUCUGGGAGCGCUGCUUGGACCCCACAGCCUUCAGCUCAAUAUACGUUGGCUGCCCCGGCUGCCUGACUGGAGUCUCACUCCACUGUUGCUCUCGCUCUCGCUCUCCCUCUCCCGUCCCGCUCCCUCGCUCCUUCCCUCCUACUUUCCACCCUGGACAAGGGGGGAGUCGCACGCACUGGGAAGGUGUUCCUCAGACCUGUGUCUGGACAGCUUGAAGACGGCACGGAGGAUUUCUUCCCCUCUUCUCUGAUUGCUCUCUCAUCCCCCCUCUCAAUUAGACCAUCUGUGGCGAGUAGCUCGUGGAUGGACUGUUUUUUAAAAACUUUUUACUAGAGUUAAAUAAAAGUCAAAUACACUUUGCUCCACUUGCAUUUGAAAAACUCCAAUUUUCAAAACUUCCUGGAGUGGUUUUUCUUUACUCCCUGCACCCCCCCCCCCCCGUGUGCAGCAUUGGACCGACUCUCUGCCCAGGAGGACACCAUUCCUCCCUUUUUGGCUGCAUGUUCAUUGAAUAUCUGAUGCCGUUGCAUCCCAUGGGAGCCCCGCGUGGCUGAAGCAAGGAGGGAGGUAGAAGAGAGACCCACCUGAAGCUCACACCCUACCGCUGCCCUUACCCGGUGCUCAACGCCCUGAGGAGAGAAAGCUGUUUUCCGUGUGACGCCUGAAGCCCCGCGAAGCCGGCGACCAUGCUGUUUGCCCCCGCCUGCGUGCUGCUGAUGCUGGGAGCGCGCGCCCUUGCUGGGGGCUACCCCCCCAUGACCCACAUGAAGUACAUGCAGCCCAUGAUGAAGGGGCCGAUCGGACCCCCGUUCAGAGAAGGCAAGGGACACUACGUUGAUAUGCCACCAGUGAUGGAAGUCAAGGGGGAACCAGGCCCCCAAGGUAAACCUGGACCUAGAGGCCCUCCUGGGCCAGAAGGAAUUCCAGGCAAACCUGGACUGGGCAAGCCAGGUCUCAAUGGCCAGCCAGGCUCUCAGGGGCCUCCUGGCUUUCCAGGAAUUGGUAAGCCUGGACUUCCAGGUCUCCCGGGAAAGAUUGGACCGAAGGGGAUGCCGGGGCUUAAUGGUGAGGUUGGCCCCCGCGGUGAACCAGGUCUCAGAGGUUCUCCAGGGCAGCCUGGCCUCCCUGGCCCAGCUGGCCUCUCUCUAAAUGGGAAACCUGGGCUUCCAGGCAUGAGAGGCCCCUCUGGGAUUCGGGGUGAACCGGGACAUAAGGGACUUUCUGGGCCACCAGGUGAACGUGGGUUAAAGGGCGAGAAUGGAAAUGGAAAGCCUGGGCCUACAGGUAUAAGGGGUCCUCCUGGGUUGAAAGGUAGUGCAGGACCACCUGGUCUUCCAGGUAUAGGCAAACCAGGCCUUAAAGGGUUGUCUGGACUGCCUGGUCUUAAAGGCGAUCAAGGACUCCCAGGGGGACAAGGAGAACCAGGAGAGGCUGGGGCUCCAGGUCUACAAGGUCUGCCGGGACCAGUUGGGUUAGGGAAGCCUGGGCAAGAUGGAUUGCCUGGUGGACCAGGUCCACAAGGUCCUAAAGGUGAGUCAGGGCUCAGGGGUCCUCCUGGAUUCCCUGGCAGUGCUGGUUAUGGAAAACCUGGUCUGAGUGGACCCAAAGGAGAAAAGGGCUAUGGGGGGUUACCUGGUCUCCCAGGGGAGAAAGGAGAGCCAGGAAUGCUGGGCCCAAUUGGGGAACAAGGCCUUGAUGGGCAAACAGGACCACCAGGACUUCAAGGCCCAAUGGGACUCCCCGGAAAACAUGGAAUGCCGGGACAGAAAGGAGAGUUUGGGCCCCAGGGUCCUCCAGGACUUCCUGGUCUCAGAGGUGACCAAGGCCCCACUGGGUCCUUUGGAAAACCCGGCAUCCCUGGGGAAAAAGGCAUCCCUGGGCCUAACGGAGCUACUGGAAAACCCGGCCCCAAAGGUGAUGCCGGGCAUAUUGGGCUGCCUGGUAAUCCAGGGCUGACAGGUGCUACGGGGCCUAAAGGAGAGUCAGGGUUUAUAGGAACCCCAGGACCCAGGGGGCAGUCAGGAAUUCCUGGUCUACAGGGGCCUAUGGGUCCCAUGGGGCCACAGGGUGCACCUGGCGUAAAGGGUGAAACCGGACUUCCAGGGUCUCCAGGCCUUGGACUUUUGGGAGAUAAAGGAGCUAUAGGUCCCCAGGGUCCUCCGGGGAAACCAGGCCCCGCUGGACUCAAUGGUAACCAUGGCGCUCCUGGUCCUCCGGGGCCCCCCGGUCCUCCUGGAAAUGGCCAAGCCGUUGCAGGGCCAACCGAUUCACAGUUGGAAGGGGAUGAAGUACCAGGGGACAGGAAAGGGCCCGUAUAUAGUCAAGUCCCACUCUCUGCCUCUGUGGCACCAGCCUUCACAGCCAUCCUCAGCACACCUUUCCCUCCCUCAGCAAUGCCAAUCAAAUUUGACAGGACCCUGUACAACGGGCAAAAUGCCUACAGCACUGCUACCGGCAUGUUCACUGCUCCUUUAUCCGGUGUCUACUACUUUGCAUACCACAUGCAUGUGAAGGGAACAAGCCUGUGGGUGGCACUGUACAAGAACAAUGUGCCAGCUACCUACACCUAUGAUGAAUACAAGAAAGGCUACAUGGACCAGGCGUCCGGUAGCGCUGUCCUAGAGCUGAAGGAGGGUGACCAGGUGUGGGUCCAGAUGCCGUCGGAUCAGGCAAAUGGCCUCUAUUCUACCGAAUACAUUCACUCCUCCUUCUCAGGAUUUCUGCUCUGUCCCACAUAACCCUGUCCUUUCGCCCAUUGUCCUGUAUUGGCACCUCAGAGCAGCCCUACACCUUAAAUACCGACAGCCAUUACAGAAACACAAAACCAAUGGGAUUCUCGAUAUUAUCGGCAUCAUCUGUAUCCGUCUCACCUUCAGCAAUAUCGGCAAAAGAAAAAAAACUUUGUGAAUGAAAUGUGGAAAGUUUUUAAAAUUUAGGGGAAGGACUUUCAUACUGUGUUCUUUGUUUCAGUGUCCUUCAAAUGUGUGUUUUGGGUUGUUUUCAUGAUGGUGUUUUGUUUUUAAGUUUUUUAGCUUUUAUUAUAUUAAUUAUUAUAUUGUUAUUAUUUUAUUAUUAUUAUUUGGUCCCGUUGUUGUUGUUCAUCAGAUUAUCAGACUAAUAGGUGCCUUACUUGUGCUAAUGUGCUAGUAACAGACCUUCCCAUGUGACUGCACAUCCUGCCCCACACGCUCUGACUUCACCAGACCCUGGGGGCUGAUUGGUUCCUUUGGCCGCAGUCACGUCCACCCUCUGUUCCUAUUUAAGACGUGAUACUGGCUAUACUGACAUAAAGAGCAGCGAUACAACAGCGAACACAUACACAGACUAUAGAAAAACAAGGCAUUUUGUGCUGAAUACUAUUACCUUUCACGUCUCUUUUGUUUGGCCUUUAUAGUACUUGCUAUGUUAAAAUUAUUAAUGGGAUUCAAUCUUUGUUUUAAGAGUGAGAUAUAUAUUUUGACAAUUAGUUUGCAUCUGUAGGGUGCUUAUUUCUUUGCUUCUUUCUGAAUUUAGUUGGCCACCAUUUAAAAUGACCUUUAGCAUUGUUUUUAUUUAUUGAACUAUCCAGAAACACACUCCAAGAAAUAAAACCCACAAGUUAAUAUGACCUCGCUGUAUUAGACAUUUAAAUUCAAACCGCCGUGUUCAAAUGGAUGAUGCAAGAAAAAUCAACGUGUCUUUCCUUUGACUUUUAGGACACAAUUCAUUAAGGAGGAUAUGUAUGCAUACAGUCAAAUGUUUACAUGCGGUAGAAAAGAUACUCAGAGCAUCUGCAAAAAUGGACGUUAAGGACACAACUCAAACGAGACUAAUGGCCUGUAUCUUUCAAUCAUUUCCCUUUUUGAACAUCCUCUUGAGACGCCCCCACCAUGACAGCAAUGCCUUCUAAUGGCAUACCAACGUUUCAUUAAGUUUAGUACCACGUUAACGCUCCAAGUGAGCAAUCUCUGCCGCCCUGAUAUGAAAGCCACAUUUCUAACCACAUUUAGACGAAUCUGUGAAGACGCUGACUGUUUUAUACAAAAUAAGGAUGCAAAUGGGUGGAAAACCACAUCGACUCCUUUCUUCAACGCCACGUCGGGCAAAUAAGGUCAUUCGUGAACGAAAUUGUUUCCAUCAAUUUUCAAACCGCUGGGUUUAACGUCGAAGAAUAAUUGUUUCACUUCAUGGAACAUCUCUGGCCACGAGGACAAGAUGUCUCUUAGAAGCAAAAUUAUGUCAGAAAAUAAACAGGCGGAAAUGAGAACCAAUCUGCGCUCUCUUCGUGAAUAAGUAAAGGGACCGACUGAGGCCCACAGGUUGUGAAAUGCAGGUUGCGUAACAUUUAAAAACCUCCUGCCAGAUUUCUCUGAGAGGUGGUGGGGCAGAGGUGAGAGUGGUGUAUUUACUCAUUUCUGUUGGAUGAGGCAUUAAGGGCACAUGCCGGGUUUUCAUGCAUGUGCUUGUAUAUGUUCUGGUAGGUGUAUCCUUCUGUCUCUCAUUAUGUCAAUAUACGUGUGUGUGUGUGUGUGUGUGUGUGUGUGUGUGGUUCACAUUGUCCCCCCCCUGGCAUUCAAGUCGUGAACACUUGAGCAAGAAUCACAAACUUGAAUGAAGUUACAAAACCUUCACAAGAGCUUAACGUCCUGUUAAUGUUCCACAUGCAACUUGAUUUCAAAAUCUUUUAGCCUGCCUUGGUGCUUUUAAGAACAUGUCCCACGCUGCCUUUUGCAAAGUACAGGAACACGUUAGGUCUAGGAGAUGAGUAGAUUGUGGUUAGACGACAUCAACAUAAGUCAACAAAGUCCUAUUUACUAAACAGAUUGCUGGCUGACACCAAACCCUUUUGACUACUUUGCAUGCGAGUCCAAUGCGUGGAGUGAUGGUGUGAUACAUUUAUUGUCUUGUACCAAGUCAUGAACAGGAAAAGCGUCACUUUGGGGAGUUUCGCGGAAUCAUUCAUCAUAUUGCAGUUGGAAAAGGUUAGAGAAAAAUACCAUGCCUUUUAUUUCAUCAUUAAACUGAAUUCCGGGGCUGUACCUUUAAAUGACAUUUACUUGAAACACUGAUGAGGCCUUUUGUCCUGGUGCUGCCUUUCCCGAAGAGUUAAUGUGUAUGCAUAGGAACGCAGCAUGGUAGAAGAUUUAUAGAAAACAUUGUCAAUCCUUUUGCAUUCAUACUGAUUGCAAGCUCAAUAUUUGGCCCAAUCCACCUGUAAAUGAACAUUCCUCAAUCAAUCAGCAUAAAACAUGAUAAAAAUGCUAUAAAUCAAUCUUGUCAUGUGAGUCUACAAUUCCAUCCCAUCCUGGUUGUGUACUGAAUGUUUCUUUCCGUUUUUUUGUUUUGGACAUAUGAAAUGUUAAUGUGAGUUACAUGGGGCCAAAACUCUCUGUUUUUUGUGUUUUGCUCGCAUGCAGAGAUUGUUCUGCACGCAAAUCGGUCAGCGAGUGUCAGUAAAGCUCACGUACCGUCUCGAUCAGAAGUUCCUUUAAAGUGUUUUCUAUUUUUAUCUUUAAAAAACAUUUUUGUUGUUGUUGUUGUCUUGCUUCGGUUCUUAAGGGAUACUUGUUUGUUUUAGUUUCAGUAAACACAAACGGCCAUUCCCAUUUGCACAUGAAAUUAAUGAAGAUGUAUUAUACAUUUAUGAUAAUUUAAUAGGGAUGCCAAAACCGACCACCGAAGCCUAGAACGUAUAAAUGGUAUUUAACAGCAUUGAUGAGUUAAGAGCAUUUACGACACGUAGUUAGCAUUUUAGAGUUGUUUGUGAAGGAUUAUUUUUUGACUUUUAUUUUGUAUUUGAGUAAUAUAAAAUGUAUCAACUUAUAGGAUUUUUGUCAUGCAAGGCUAUUGCGUUCCCUUUAUGCAAUAGAAUUUGGGUAUAAAAUGCACUCUUAUUGAUUCAAAAUGUUUGUCUGCUUAUACAAAAUCUACAGUACUUGAUUGUAUUGAUACCACAUCAAUAAAAACCUUCUUGUAUAUUGGU